GAAGACUUCACUGCUAGCACCAGCACUCUUUAGUAUUCAGCAUGCCAGAAACUUGGGUUAUCUCUAGAGCACAGGAAAAUGUUCCUUGGGGCUAUAAGGACAAUACUGUGGUAAUUCUCCAGCCGAAGGUGCGGUCAGACCUUUUCAAAGCACACUUGCAGCCUUCUUCGAAGAAGAGAAAAAUGGAGCCGAGACCAGUCAAUACCACUGCCAUGAACAUAACACAAAUGACAGACGAUUGCAUGGCCAUCGACAUACCGAUUCCUACUGAGUCAAUUGUGGAUCCUGAAACUGACAACAAUUCCCUUGGAAUCCAAAAAGAGUGUCCUUGUGGUUAUAUGCAUGGCCCUGGCCAGGGUGAUCAUCAUGACACACUGGCCGUAGGCUUGGGAGAUCCUUUGUUACGGGGUCCAGAAUGAAUCAUUUGCAUUGUGUGAGGUGUCUGCAACUUUAACUUGUACCAUAUGUAUAUUAGAACAUCAUUGAACAUGAAAAUAAUUGAAGGAAAUCCCAAACUCACAGAACAAUCGCCACACAAGUGAGAUCCUUAACACGCCGUAUUGUUCUACGUCUCGUAUGAGUCUCUUACCGGGUGGUACUUUGAUUUCACAAAUAUAAACUAUCUAGUAUUUGCGCGACCGUUUCAAAAAUCCAACCGUUUAACUAUUCACGCUUUGUAAAAGGUAGCUUUCCACACCCUUAUAGGCUCAAAAACCGCUGCACCAACGUUGCACACCACUGUUUAUCUAAAUACCGCUAGCUGACAACAUGGGUCUCCUAGAUCUGGAU